AUGACCGCAGUUCAGAAGCUGAGAUCAAUGCUGGCAGAUCCAGACAAGUUCAUCGCAUGUCCUGGAGUGUACGAUGGCUUCACGGCGCGGAUAGCUCUACAGGAAGGCGUCGAUUGCUUGUAUAUGACCGGCGCAGGUACCACGAUGAGUAGAUUGGGUAUGGCAGACAUGGGUAUCGCGACUAUGAACGACAUGAAGGCGAACGCUGAAAUGAUCGCCAACCUCGAUCCUAGCAUACCGCUCAUCGCAGAUGCAGACACAGGAUACGGCGGGCCCAUCAUGGCUGGCCGUACAGUUGCGCAGUAUAUCCGUGCUGGCGUAGCAGGACUUCACCUGGAAGACCAAGUUGUCAAUAAGCGCUGCGGUCACUUGAAUGGCAAGGAACUGGUCAGUAUUGCUGAGUACGCCUCAAGGAUCAAAGCUGCAGCUAUGGCUCGCGAGAAGCAUGGCGACAUUGUCAUCAUCGCACGAACGGACGCUUUCCAAGGAUACGGGUACGAUGAGGCCAUCAAACGUCUCCAAGCCGCCAUUGCAGAAGGUGCCGAUGUUUGUUUCUUGGAAGGUGUUACUACCCGCGAAGACGCUGAGCGUGCAUGCAAAGAGCUCGCGCCAACACCUUGUCUGUUCAACAACGUCCCCGGCGGCGUCUCGCCCGACUUCGGUGUCAAGGAAUGCAGGGAGUUGGGAUACAAGCUUGCCAUCUUCCCAUGCCUGGCGUUUGAGAUGGUGUACCCAGCGGUUAGGAAGGCUGUGCAGCAGCUGAAAACCACCGGCAACGUUGGGCCUGCAGAAGAAAAUGGAAGGAGAUACGGGCCCAGGGAGCUAUUUCAGGUCUGUGGCUUGGACGGCAUGAUCGGUUUCGACCAAGCCGCUGGUGGCAACUCGUACGCCAAGGGAGCAUGA